UAAGACAACAGCCUUUGUGUCUGACACUAUGCGACACAAAAAUAAAUCUAUUUUAUAUCUAAUCCACGUUUAAAUAAUUUAAUACCUAUUCAUUUGUUUUAUAGAGUGUUCACCUGUGAAUAAGAAUUAUACUAAAAUAAUAUGUAUUAAAAAAUAUUUGAGACGUAGGUAGUAAUAUUUCGAAUUGUGUAUUAAUGUAAUCUCACUAAACAGUCAUUAAUAAGAGACAAGAUUCUAGUGUAUAUGUGGUUAACAUACGUACGAUUUUUUUAGUGAUGACAUGUGUGAAUUGUUUAAAAAUGGAUUAUGGAGUCGAAGAUGGUCAAAUACCAAGGGAGUUUAUAGAUUUUGAUUUUGCCGAAGAUGCUUUAGACUUUGAGACGCAGUUGGCAGAAGCUCGUGAUGUGAAGUUUACUCAGUCGUUAACUGAACCUUUGUCCAUAGGAUCACACAUUGUUUGUACCGGAACACCGACUGAAGACCUACCAUGGUUUGCUGUGAAUAUUGGUUGUGGAGACAUCGACUCUGGCCAGAGCGACAUUGCGGUUCAUUUUAACGUUCGUCUCCCACAAUGCUAUGUUGUCAGGAAUACUCGUUACCGGAAUAAAUGGGGACCGGAGGAGACAACAGCGUUUAAAAUAUUUCCGUUCAAACUGGAUCGUCCAUUUUCAAUAGAAGUACUAGUUGAUGAGAAAGAAACUUUUUGGGCAGUAGACGGAGAGCAUUAUUGCAAUUUUGCACACAGGAACCCUAGUGUAUUAACAGCCGCCUGGGUUCAAGUAACGGGUAUCCGAGAUGCUACUUUAAACGUCCAUAAGACUGAAAUAUACCCAACAUUGUCACCACCUAUUAUAGAGGUGCCUGUUAGAGCAGCUGUAGAUGCUUCUAUAGAGGGCAUCGAGCCGAACUGGCGGCCGAAUGUAAUUGCUGCCAUAACAAAAGGAUUGCCCGAGGGUCAUCAAAUUGUUAUUCGGGGAAAAUUGCGUCCAUUGCUGCACUCGUUCGCGAUAGAUCUGAUUGAUGCAGCCCGCGAGUGGCCACGCCCAAACGUGCUGCUACACGUUAACCUUCGCGCAUACGAUCAGGCACAGCGGGACCGGCAGCUCGUCGUACUCAACGCUUGGCUUGGCUCCUGGGGGCCUGAGCGGCGCCAACGGACUGCGCGACUCGUGCCCGCAAAAACUACUACAUUCCGCAUUGUACGUGGUCCAAACGAAUGGUCCAUAUAUGCCGACGAUAUUCUAAUAGGCGAGUUAGAAUAUCGGGCCUCUCCUGCCGGUGCCAAAGCUGUGAGACUGCGUGGCGACUUAUAUCCUCAACAAAUAUAUAUGUGCCCUUCUACGAGUUCGCCUAUUGGAGAUGAUAUCCGUCCACGAAUGGCAAAUUGAGUUCACUUACAGAUGUUAGUUGUUAAUUAACUACUGCAUUAUAGAAAUAAUAUAAUGUACCUUCUCAGGGCCUUAAUUACACUGCGGCUCAAAUCUGUAUGACAAAUAAUAUUGUAUAAGAUUGUUGUUAUUUCAUUAUAUGUAGAAACUAUAAUCAAGCAAUGCUUUAAACGCAAACUGAAGCAAUAUUUGCUCUAUCGUUCAUCGCCUAGUACUGAUUGAAAUGACUAUUGCGAUAUGAAAUUCGUCUUGUAUAUUGGUGCGAUGCUUUAACUUUGCCUACAUGAAAUAUUUAUAUACUGAAUAUUUAAUAGUUACCUUUUAUAUGCAAUUUAAUUUUUAAUAUUACCUUAAAGAUGACUAUAUAACAAUAGCUCCAUGUAACUAAACUAGGUACAUCACUAGGUAGAUAAAUAUUUACAAUUAGCAACACUACAUUUUUUCAGAAACAUCGAAACUUUUUACUAGGGUUGGUUUUAUAAUUUAUUUCUACUCAACUGCUAUUUAAUUAAAAUCUAUAAAUUUAUUUGUGUAGAAAAUGUUACUUCUGCUGUGAUAUUCACCUCAAAUUAAAUUACUAAUACAAAAUCUUCCGUGACAUACUCUCUCGCUCACGGAUUUACCUUAUGUAUGUACUUGAUUUGAAGUCGUUACAAUUUUGAAUCUGUAAUUGUAGAUAUAAUUUAUAUAUUUAAACUAAAGUGUAUUCUCUCAUUAUCGUAAUUGAGACUAUUUUCAUUAGGUAAAUAGUUUUUUUUUAAUUUUAAGUUUGUACCGUAUUAAGUGUUUUUGAAAGCUUAAAUGUUAUGUUAUGAUCAUAAUUAUAUAUCUUAAAUUGUUAAGUUUAAUAUAAAAAUCUAUUUACAAUUUACAAUGUUAAUUUUAUACAUACAUCUAAUAAAGUCAAUUGAAGCC